GAAGAGUAAGUUAACAAUGAAAUCACGUGGAGUUGGAGCUCAGUGCGCUCCGUUCCCGGCUCGGCAAACCGCGGCUGGAGGGGCCGCCUCCCCGGCCCAGACCGAGGACGCCCGCUGCGGCCGAGCCUGACAGGUCGGGCGGGUCCGGCCCAAAGCCGCCGAGGUUGACAGGCAGCCCGCCGCCUCCCGCCACGGCCCGGAGCUGACAGCCCACCAGACGCCACACCACACGUGCUGCCUGUUCCGCACCACAACACCCGCAGCCUGUCACCUCCCGCUUCAGCCUGGCCGGGUCUCCGCGCGAUCCGCUGGUUGAAAACUAGCAGGAUCCGGACACCUGCAGACUGAAAAGGUGCUCCUCACCCACUGGCAGCUUUCACCAUGAUUCACAGUCUUUUCUUGAUCAACUCCUCUGGAGAUAUUUUCUUGGAGAAGCACUGGAAGAGCGUGGUCAGCCGUUCCGUCUGUGAUUACUUUUUUGAGGCACAGGAGAGAGCUACUGAGGCAGAAAACGUGCCUCCGGUUAUCCCUACCCCUCACCACUAUCUUUUAAGUGUUUACCGCCACAAGAUCUUUUUUGUGGCUGUGAUCCAGACAGAGGUCCCGCCUCUGUUUGUCAUUGAAUUCCUUCACCGCGUAGUGGACACAUUUCAGGACUAUUUUGGAGUCUGUUCAGAGCCAGUGAUCAAAGACAACGUGGUGGUGGUUUAUGAGGUAUUGGAAGAGAUGCUUGACAAUGGGUUUCCUUUGGCUACUGAGUCCAACAUCCUCAAAGAACUGAUAAAGCCUCCCACCAUUCUCCGGACGGUGGUCAACACUAUCACAGGAAGCACCAAUGUGGGUGACCAGCUUCCAACUGGACAGCUGUCGGUGGUGCCUUGGCGACGGACCGGGGUGAAGUACACCAAUAACGAGGCCUAUUUUGAUGUGGUGGAAGAGAUCGAUGCCAUCAUUGACAAAUCAGGUUCCACAGUCACUGCUGAGAUCCAGGGGGUGAUUGACGCCUGUGUCAAGCUGACUGGGAUGCCAGACCUCACUCUUUCCUUCAUGAACCCCAGGUUGCUGGAUGAUGUCAGCUUCCACCCCUGUGUUCGUUUCAAGCGCUGGGAGUCAGAGCGCAUCCUCUCCUUCAUCCCUCCUGAUGGCAACUUCCGCCUACUCUCCUACCACGUCAGUGCACAGAACCUGGUUGCAAUUCCUGUCUAUGUCAAGCAUAGUAUCAACUUCCGAGACAGUAGCUCACUUGGACGAUUUGAAAUCACAGUGGGACCCAAACAAACCAUGGGGAAGACUAUAGAGGGAGUGAUAGUUACCAGCCAGAUGCCCAAAGGAGUCCUGAAUAUGAGCCUUACUCCGUCCCAGGGAACGCACACAUUUGACCCAGUGACAAAGAUGCUGUCUUGGGAUGUAGGAAAAAUAAACCCACAAAAGCUGCCAAGUUUGAAAGGGACCACGAGUCUUCAGGCCGGAGCUUCUAAACCAGAUGAGAACCCCACAAUUAACCUGCAGUUUAAGAUCCAGCAGCUAGCCAUUUCUGGACUCAAAGUGAACCGUCUGGAUAUGUAUGGAGAGAAGUACAAGCCCUUUAAGGGCAUAAAAUACAUGACCAAAGCCGGGAAGUUCCAAGUUAGAACCUGAACGGAGCAUCUUACCAAGGGAGCAGUCGCGAACACUUUUUUAUUUCUUACUUGUCUAAAGGUAAAAUAUGAGCCUGUCCCUUAGGUGAGUCCUCCAGGUCCACUUGCUUCCUUUUGUCCUCAGCCUUCAGUGCCAUGGAACUAACCAAGGGAGUAAAGUUUCACCAGUGAGAACGUAGCCAAACAGCAUGGCACUGGCUGAGUUCUAGAGAAGAGAUGGUUACCAUAGAAAAAGACCAGCAUUUGCUGCUUGCUUGGUUUUAAUUAUCUAAAGCCAGUGGAAGAUGUCUUUAUUGAUUUUUUUUUAAGAUAGGAAGAUUUGAAAGAAAGAAAGAUUGGAAGAAAAAUGGGUGUUAGUCCAAGAAAGCCAGUUAAAGAUCCGACCUGUAGGGCUGGGCUGUGACUCAGUGGUGGAGUGCUGGCCUAGCAUGCACAAGCCCUGGAUCAUUUCCAGGACUACCCACAACACAAAGCAGGUCUGUUCUAUGAGGGAGAAGAAAGAAGCUCAGUGUGAGGACAGUGGUUGUGAAGAGCGAUACUAAGUGAAAGAAAGAUUGGUUAGGAGAGUGCUCAGAGUCAAAGGCUGGGAAGAGCAAAGCAGAAUUGGUUUCUUUCUGACCCUUCUCUGCUAAUAUAUAAAAAUGAUUUACUUCUCCAGAACUGGAACUUCUUAAGUCUACUCUUGAUGUGAAAUCUCAGUGGGAUUACAUUUACCCUUGGAAACUGGUGUGUUGGCCUGACCUUCAGAUUCUCACUCUGGUUGCACUGGCCCACUGUCUUUGGUGGGAAGGUGAUGUGCCUGCUUCCAGAGCAGUUUACAGCCUUUUCCUGAUUACCUGAUUCCUUGAAGGGGUUCCCCCAAAGCAGCAGUUUUAGUGCAGCCAGCCUUCAUGAAUCAUUGUAGUGGAGUCAAGACGAUUUCCCAGGGAGGUGGGUCAUGCCUAUGUUGUAUGACCCUGUGUUAGUUUUUGUCCAGCUAUACUGGCCCCGGGCCCUGGUCCUUCCUAUCCGAAGGUUCCCAUCAGCAACUCUGGGUAGAAAGAAUGCUCACCACUGAGGCACAAGUGCAUGAAGCUACUUGGUAAAGUUACCAUUCUCUCCAGCCUGUAUGCUAACAUCUACUUAUCAACAAAAGUAAAAAAAAAAAAUCUCUUAAAUCUUUGAAUAAAAGUCAAUACUGUAGGGCCAGACUGUGUUGAUUGUGAAUAACCUACCAGUCCAAACCAUGGCAACUAAAGGAACAUGACUUUCCUGAAGAAUGAUUUUUAUUCUAUUUCAAUGUUACUCAUUUUAAUACUAUAUAAAACAGGAUUUGUUGUUUUUAACUUCAAACUUAGGGAACAGGAUUGUGCUCCCUGUGGCACAUGGAAAGAAGACCUGUUUUCUCCAGACUGUUCCACUUAUCCCCAAAGUUCUGGGUCUAAGUCCUGGUGUUUUAUUUUGUUUUCCCCUAGUUUUAUCUUGCUGAUGCUGGACUUAUUUUUGCUUCAGAGCAGUGUUCUUUGUGGUUUUCCUGUGGGAUAAACUAUACUGUGUACAAUCAGAUGUUUCUUACUACAUCACUCCAGAAUCGACUACUGUAGGCAGUGGGGAGACAUUCUGCAGGUGGAUUUUAGAACCCAGAGUCACUUCUAAGGGCUCUGGAGAUUUGGGGGUUUUUUGGGCCACAGGAAACUGUCUUGAUCCCUGAAUACAUUUAGGUUUGUAAGUGCAGCUGUUUUAUUUCCACUAGAGCAGUAAAGCUUGUUUACCUAGCAAGAGUCAAUGUUACAGAGUAUGGGACAUACAUACCUAAGCAUUAUGGAUGUAGCUGACCUCUGGAGCAUAGCUGAGCCUCACUGCUUCUGCCUAGUGAAUGUCAGUCAGCAGGGGUGAUGCAGGAUGUGGUUGAAAUGUGCAUAAGAAGCAUUUCUGUUUAAGUCCUAAUAAAGCUUUACCAGUCCUUUG